UGUGCUGUGCUGUUUCGGUUGGUUCUUCAUUCUAUGACGGAAAUCCGACCAGUCGAACGGUCCGACCAGCGCCUGGUCCCAACCUAGGGUCCCGACUCCCUCGAUAAAAAAAAAGUCCGAACAAUCCGUGGCCCACCCACCCGUCCAACCACCAACAGGGCGCAGCCUCCGUUUCGACGUGAGCUAUCAUGGACGAACCGGAGGACCGCGCGAUCGAAGAAAUCGACGCCACAACCAGCGAGAUCUGCGAUGUCGUCGGGGUCCAUGUACGUGCACUGGCAGAGCUGUGGCGUGACCUUGGAAUUGACAAGGAGGCAUUGCAAAGUCGUCUUGCAGGGAACUAAGAGGCACGUUGUCAACCUAUUCAAGGCCAUGAGAGAGGAUCAGGAGGAGAUGAAACAGCGAAUACUGAGGCAUAUCACCUCUUACACAAAUGAAGUGGAGCGUCUGGCUGCAGAGCUCGCCAUACCUGUCGACUUGCCUGAAGGCCGUACAGUGGUGCAGCAGGAAGACGAGAUGCGAGCGCUCGUGCAGAGGCUGCGGGAAAUGAGAUCUUCCCGCAAGCGAGAGCUUCGCAGGUUGAGAAGCGAGGAGGCUGACCUCUGCCGCAGGUUGCAAGAGCCUACAUUUGCUUUCGGCAACGGGGGCGCCUUACCAUCGCAAGAGGAACUGCAAGAGCUGCGGGAACGUCUGCAGGCUCUCGAACAGCAAAAGGCCCAGCGAACUUGCCAAUUCCUGGCCCUUCAAAGGGAGGUAGUGGCUCAGCUACACUUGAUUGGAGCUGAGCCUGACACGCAGUUCGAGCGUGAAAUUGUGGACAGCCCUGAGACCUUCAUCCUGUCCUUGCAGAAUCUUGAAGAUGCUGCCGCCUAUCUUCAGAGGUUGAAGGACCUCGGGAAUGCACGCCGUGAGGAAAUCGCUGCUCUUAUGGAGCAGCUAAGCAAUUAUUGGGAUCGGCUUGGUGUGCCCGAAGAACAACAGCUCGGGCGUCCCACUGGCCUCACCCCGGAAGUAACUGACACGCUGAAACAGGAACUGUCAAGGUUAAAGGAGCUGAAGAGGCAGAGGUUGCAGGAGUUUGUGGAACGCACAAAUGAUGAGCUUCUUGCAUGGCGUCAGAAGUGCUGCGUGCCGCAGAUGCCAGAAGAACAGGAUGACCCGGAAGAUGUCUCGGAAGAGCAUCUAGAGAAAAUGGAAGAAGAACUGAAAAUGUACAAGGACCUAUAUGCUGAAAAUCGAACCAUCUUCGCCAAGGUUGAGCGACGUGAAGCUCUCUGGGCCAAGUUCCUGGAGCUUGAAAAAAAAGCCACUGACCCGUCUCGCCUCAACAACAGAGGCGGGCAGCUCCUGCUUGAGACAAAGGAACGAAGCAGAUUACAAGCAGAACUGCCCAGACUUGAGCAGGAAAUUCGUGCCUAUAUCAAGAACUACCGUGGCAGCAAGCAGGAGGUUUUCAACAGGUGGGGAGAGAAGUUCCUCGGCCAUGUUGCUGCGCAGAGUCAAGCCUACACCUUGCAAAAGGAGCAAGAGCGGCUAGAAAGGGAAAGUCGUCGUAAGGCGGCCGGACCACCCUCGCGAGGCUGCCGAAAACAAGCUUGUUCCGGCACGCCAUCCUGCACCACAGCUGCAAAGAGGCCCAGGCUGGCAGCAGGCAGCAGCAGCAGCAGCAGCAGUAAUUACAGCAUGGUCACUUCUGGACGAGCCACUCCAUCUGGUCAGAAACUGCUUGGCCAAACUCCGCGCCGCGCUGGUGGUGGUGCUUCUGGCCGAAACAUUAGCAUCUGGCAGCGAUCCCUGAAGCAGUCUGCACAGACAAAAAGUGCCGCUACUCGUCGGCAAAUGCAGGCAGAAACGGGUCCCUCAUCUGGCCAGCAUUGCCCAACUGACGCCUUGGCAUCCGGUUCAAGCUCGAUGGACAGCUUCGCGGCAUUCCUGGCACAGGCUUCGGACAAGCCGAUCACAAGCACUGUCAUUGAAGAGACACCAAAAUCCACACAACCAGGACCGUCGCAACAGCUCGACUGUGCAGAUGUUGCACAGUGUGAAAAGAAAAAAUGAGACCUUAAUGAUUUCUUUUUUAAAUUUUAUUCAACAUGUAGGCAGCGGGUUCUGCCUUCAGCACUAUUUAUGUUGUCUUAUUCUUUUUCUCGCGCAUUUUAGAUGAUUUGACGGGGCAGUUGUGUAAGUUUUUAAUCUGAAUUGCUCAUGUUGUGGAAAAGUGGAAAAAAUAUGUGUAAAUUUAUGUGCAUGUUUGGGAACAUGAGAUGCAUUUUUAUCGUGUCCAAGUCUAAUUUUAUGCACUUAUUUUUUUUUCUUUAGUUUGUGGAGUAAUUUGUCAUUUUCAUAAGAGUAUCAUUGUUCUCUGUGCAAUUCAAGAAAGCUAAUAUGACCAACAUAUUUCAUUGUUCUGCCUACCUUAGGACAAGAUUUUCAAAACUGAAGUCUAGCAAGUAACAUUGAACAUCUUCAGGAUUUUUUUAAUAUAACAUACUUUCAUAAAUUUUCAUCCUAGUACCCUUUGUGCUUCGGCUUUUUAUUCUUCCACUGACAGUAUUUGUUUUAAUGUACAGUAUACUAUUGCACCAAAUAAAACUAAUAAUGUUGUGAUCAUUAUUAUGCAGCCUGGAAUAUAUUGCAGAAUUCAAGGUUAACAUUGUAUGGGCACCUACAUGCAGUGUACUGCCAAGCACAAAUUUUGGAGCAUGGGAUCUGCAGAAAAAAAAGUAAUUCGUAGCAGUCAAUGCAUCCUUCGUGCAAUUCAAAGCUGCACUGCAUACUUUCCUGUGCCACAAACAAUGCAUCCCUUAUUCCAGGCAGUGUUUUAGAAUUUUGCUUUUGUGAAAACCAUGCAGUGCAGUGCAUUUGGUGUACAACUGUAGCACAUCACAAAGUGAUAAAAGUAGCUAUCAUGCUUUAAAAAAGCCUUUUCUCAGUGAGAGUGGCUUUUUAAUUUAGUAUUGUAGAAGGGUAAUUUAUUAUUUUACUUUAGUUUACUCUAUUAUUUUACUCUAUUUACUAAAUUUGCUCAAUUUGUCUUUCUCUUCAGUCAUUAAAAGUUGAGUCACUUUAGCAUAUGCUAAAGAGGAUGAAUGCAAAAACCUGCGUGCUCACAUUCAUUCAUUGAUUACUUGGCAUUCUCAUUUGAAUGCAUUGUUACUUCCUAUUGGUACUUGUUUUCUCCCACCAAAGAUUGUGGGUUCGAGUGCCUUAACUUCAUCCUAAUUAACACCAAAUGUCGUGGGUUUGACUCACACCGAAGCUCAAGGGUUUGAGUGCCUUAAUUAACCCUAUCUUAACACCGAUGGUAGUGGGUGGCACCAUCAAUUUUGGUGCCAUAGUGCUGGACUGUCAAUUUUUCAACCCGUGAGCCUUUAAGGCUUUCGCCUUAGUAAGCAAAAGUGCGCUCUUGAUGCUUUAGUAAUUUAUGCUUGCCACUCGUAUAUGCCGACUAUCGACAUCUAAUUUGAUCGAUUCCUGUACACGUUUGUAUUUGUACAUCGCUUACGAUAUUACCCUUGGAUGCUAACUUCUCCCAGUCAAAACCAAAUUUGAAAAAAUGUUUGGCAACCCCCCCCUGAUUUUCUGCCCUCUUCAGUUUUUGCCAGAAAUGUUGGAUCAUAAAUAUAUUGGGUAGCGUUGUUCUUCAAAAGCGGACAUGUCGCGAUUUUCUACAACUGGCCUUUCUCAUCUAGAUUAAAGUCGUCACUCUUGGACAACUGAAUGUAAAUAUAUGUACAUUUUGAAAUCGCUGUCAGAGUUGGGGCAGGUUCUCGAAUUACUUCUGUACCAAGCGAUCUGAAAAUAAAA